UUAAUUCAGAAGAUAAUAAUGUAUUCAACGAAUUUGAACAAGUAAACAAAAAUAAAACAGGAUACUAUAAAUUAUUACGUGUCAAAACAAGAAAAGAUAUUGUUUUUGGGUCAUUGAUGGGUAUGCCAAUGAAUGAGCGUGGAAAAAUUAUAUUAGAAUUUCUCACUGAUCUUUUUAUCGAAGCUAAUGCUGAUUUACAUGCCGGCACUCUAACGUCAAAUUGGUGUCGAUUGGUUGAUGAAAUGAGACUUGUACUUGGCAAGUUCAGUCCAUAUUAUACGCCUGAAAAUGGUCAUUUUCUUGGUUUGAGAAGAAGAAAAUGA